AUGGACGACGAUACCACGCGUAUCGACGAGGAGAGUAUUUGUUUGUAUGGAAGCCGGCUCCAGACGUCAAUCCUGGCUAACGGCUUCCAGCCUAAUGAUGAGCGGGAACAAGAACGACUCGACCUCCACUCUCAUAUUUGCAAUCUCACGCUUGGGGGAGAACUAUACCGAGCGCCCAUCAAGCCAGACAUACAGCAGAUUCUUGAUCUAGGGACGGGGACUGGAGCGUGGGCUCUCGAUAUGGCAGACCUCUUUCCCAGCGCCACUGUUACUGGAACGGACCUGAGCCCGAUUCAACCCACAUGGGUGGCUCCCAAUUGUCGCUUUGAGAUUGACGACUUCGAGCUCGACUGGAACUUCUCACACCCAUUUGACUAUAUCCAUAUGCGAGGCAUCGAGGGGUCCGUCAGAGAUUUCCCCAGGCUAUUCAAGCAGGCCCACGAUAACCUGAGCCCUGGCGGAUGGUUCGAGAUCUGCGACUUCACAGUAGGUAUCUUCUCCGACGACGAUUCAGCCGAAAAAGCGACAAAUCUGCAGCAAUGGCGAGAUCUCUUGGUCGAAGCAAGCCAGAAAUUCGGGAAGGAGUUCAGCGUGGCCCAGAACUAUCAACAGUGGAUGAUCGACGCGGGUUUCGAUGAUGUGCGAGAGGAGAUAUACAAAGUGCCUUUUUCUCCGUGGGCUAGGGACCCCAAGCUCAAAAGCCUGGGCAGGUUUCACCAGGCCAACAUGCUAGAAGCUCUGGAUGCAUACUCGCUGGCUCUGAUGACCCGGUUCCUGGGGUGGACCGUGGACGAGGUCGAGGUGCUUCUGAAGGCCGUGCGCAAGGAGCUGUUGGAUCGGAAGCUGCAUAUCUACUCCCGGUUGUAUGUAGUUUACGGACGAAGGGAAUAA